GCUGUUAAUUAUCGCAUAAAGUCGAUAACAAUGACGUCACGAGCGUUCAAAGAAAAUGCGGGGGCAGCGCCAAUUGGCAUUGACAACCUAGCAGGCGAGGAUUCCGCUGCGAUAUCGGCGAAGACCUACGCGGAGUUUCUGCAGCGGCAUGAGGUCGUCAUGCGGGACGAGGUAACCAUGCUGGGCUUCAAGGCGGCCAUCGAAGCCAAUGCCGAUCUCUUCCGGAACGCCAUAGUGCUCGAGGUGGGCUGCGGCAGUGCGUUGCUGUCCUUGUGGGCGGCACAACAGGGCGCGGCCCGCGUAAUUGCCGUGGAGCCAAGCGCCGUCUGCCAAGUGGCGCGUCAGCUGGUGCGCCAAAAUCAGCUGGAGCACGUAAUCGAGGUGAUGCAGGGCAAUGUGGAGCAGCUGCAACUGCCCAAAGUUGACAUAAUUAUCUCCAAGUGGAUGGGCGCCUGCCUUAUGUACAGCUCGACCCUGGAGGCUGUUAUAUAUGCGCGCGACAAAUGGCUCAAGCCCGGCGGCAGCAUCUUUCCGCACAUGGCCAAUCUCUAUAUAGCUGCUGCCAAUCAGCCGCGCGACUCGCCGGACAGAUUCAGCUCGCCGCAGCAUUAUUGGACACAUUACUCUGGGCUAGACUUGCGGCAGGCCUGGCGCAUCAUACAGCAAACACCUGCCAUCGGCUGCGUGGAUGCCGCCCAGGUGCUCACCCAGCGGCAAGUGCUGCGCCGCUUUGACAUGCGCACGCUGCAACGCAGCGAGCUGAGCUUUGCUGUGCCCUUUAAGCUACGCACUCUGCGCCAGGCCAUAGCCAAGUGGUUCGUGCUCUACUUUGACUUCCGCUUCCCCGGCGCAACCCACUUGAAGCCCAUCACUACCAGCCCCAGCGCCGCGUCCACCCAAUGGAAGCAGGCCCUCUUCCACAUCGACGCCCAUCUGCCGCUCUGCGUUGGCGACGUAAUCGAUGGCCAAUUCCGGGUGGAGCGCGGCAUACGGCAUCUGGACUUUGACAUCGAUUGGAGCUUCCACAAUGAAUUGGUGAAUGUCGAGCUGCAUAAGCAAAUCUAUCGCAUGCAGGGCGAGGCGGAAGCUGUCUAGCUGAUAAGAUUAGAACACUCACGAUCUUGUUUCUGAAUAGCUUAAAUUAUAAUCAUAUUAUA